AUGGCUACGGCCACUCCAGCCAUCACCACAGCCAAGGUUACGGCAGCGAUUACCACCACGGACACGGCUACGAAUACGGCCACGGUCACGGCAACGAACACGGCCACGGUUAUGGCUAUGACCACGGCCAUGGUUAUGGCCACGAAUACGGCCACGGUUAUGGCAAUUACCACGACCAUGGUUAUGGCAACGAUUACGGUCACGGUUACCGACCAGAACCCAGGUAUUACUAAAGCAACGGGCAUCCCAGGCACCAUUACUAAAAUUUCAAGAGGUCCCGAGGCUGCCUCUUUUUCAGUCUAGAAACAGCAUCUUCCAGCAACAGGACGAGCUGAAGCUGAGGCUGCCUGUCCUAGUUCCUCGUAAUAAACACUGACACAAAAUAAAACCUUUUUUUACAGUUUGAAGUCAGUCACAUCUUGCCAAUCGGGCUUCAUGUUUCGCAGACUACCAGUUAACACGCGUGGGGUGUCUGCUAGUCAACAGCUUAAGAAGGGAUACCUAUCAACUUCCUCGGACAAGCAAGUAUCACCGCAUGCGGAGACAUGCAUUGCUAGAUUAAUAAAUGAACUAAAUAAAAAUCAGAGCACAAAAUACGAAGACUGGAACUGUUUAACGGGAUGCACAUGUGCCAAGAAAGACCAAGGAAAAUAGGGAAAUCAUGAAGAGGCGAAACGCCUUUUGUGUGACAGGCUAUCUGAAGUCAAUAAUGGAGGUGGAUAUCAAAGCUAUCAAAUAGAAAUGAUUUAUACAAAAUCUGCCAAAACACCUAUAAAUAACGUGCGCCUGGUGGAUUCUAGAUGGAUUACUUAAGAAAUUCUGCUUGGGCAGCCAGCUUAUUGUAUCAGAUUUGGUGGAUUCCAGACGUCGCAGUAGGUAAGCGGGUAACUUGACCCAAAUGGGAGUAAAUUCACGUCUCGAAGUGGGGCCCCGUAGGCCACGUGGAUAUAAAAUUGGCUGUACGAAAACAUUCCCCUUGUUGUCGUGGCUUUGAGUCCCACCCAGGCGCCGGGUUUUUUUACUAGUUUGGUCAAUAUAAAAUGCAAGACAACCAAUGACAAAAAGUAAUCAAAAUCCCAACUCUCACGACAUGGUCUAUGGGUCCGUUCUCGACUUCACUGGAUUUGUACGGUGGGGGAGACUGACAGUUUUAGCCGUUUGACAUAGGGCGUAUAUUCCCUGUACGAUGACGGUAGGUAUGUAGUUAUUUUGCAUUAAAUGUCUAGAUCGAAAGUACACUCGUAGAGCCAGAAUAACAAGAAAAACAACGAACAAAUGUCGUUGAGGAAACUUCGGUAACCAUAUAGUAUGUGGCCUAACUCACAAAACUUUACGACGGGAAUCCAGGUGGCCAAUUUGUUACACCUGGGAAUUCAAUGUAAUAGCCUGGCCCAUUGCAGGAAAUGCUUCUAGGUCAUUUUAUCAGACAAAUGUUCACAAAUUUGAGUACAAAUCAUGGCUAGCAAGGGUCGAGCUGUCACUGCACUUUUUUUAGCUAUAAGGACGGAUUCGAACCUGCUGAGUUGGCAGCCGGAUGCCGGGGUACUGACCUUGACCACGCUGAGGACACCGCCCUGCCAGGUGCAAACUUUGUUGAUAAGCAGUCUACGACGUUACAGGUGGGUGAGAUUGCUAAAUCAGCCGGUUUUUUCAAAAACGCUGGGAAGACCAAAGUGUUUUCAAACUGACCAGCAGGUUAAUUAUUGUCAACUUGAAGAAGUAGACAGUUUCAGCUGUCGUCUACUAUCGAAAACUCAAGCAUCCCAGAUGACGAUUAAAAGCUGGAACGAGUAGUACGAUAAAUGCGUAAGUUGAGCUGUGGAGCCUUUAGAAAGUGGAAGAUACCGCAUUCAUGUAAGUUAAAGACGUUCGCUGUGGACGCAGACGAAUGGCCGACCUCCACAAAUUCGAUGUGUGUGUGCUCUAUCCCUGAUCGGCAUCUGCUAACUGCGGAAAUUAGCUAAAAUUCCCUUCGUCCUCAAGCUUGUCUAAUUGCAGGCUGAGUAAAGAGAGUUAAAGACACAGCUUCCACUCGAUUUCGCAGAUGAGUGCUUGCAACUGCGCACUCAGUGGUGCAUCCGGUGUCGCCAAAUAAUCGAUCGGAAUGAGCUGCUGGUACAUAAAAUCUGCCAGGCCAGCCUACUAUGCUAUUUUGUCCUCUCCAUAGAUGAGACCACUAACAUCUGCCAUUCUGAUCUGCCUGAUAGCCCAGGCGCUGAGUUAUGAAUAUGACCGCGGCUACGAUGGAUAUGGCCACUACCUGAGAGAACGAUACGAACUCCCGUCUGCCCGAGGACCACAUCAUCAGGAGGAACAGUGGCUGCCGUCGCAGUAUGAAUUCACUGUGAUCCCUGAGAGGAGAGAGAAGAGGCGGUACCAGAGGGUGCAUCCAAAGUCUCGAAAUUCUCCACGACAUGGAGGUUACCUUUUUGGCCUACGGGGCAAGAACUUUAUGCAACAUGACUAA